GAGACGCCUCUCUUUUCGCGAUGUAUGUCUCCCUAUCGUUCCGCCGACGCUGCUCGCCCGUUUACAGGUCCGAAUCCCGAGCUUGAAAACCCGUGAUUUAGUAAAAGAGCCAAAACACGCGCACGAGGGCAAAGACCUCUGCCUCAGCUGGCCACGCGGCUCAGAAAGCAUCACCAGCAAUAGCGCAACAGCUCCAGCCCAAACUCUAGCCCAGAAGCCCGCCCGCGCCGCGCCACGCCAUGGCUCUCCCAAUCCAAGCAAGGCGGCGGCGCCCCCCCAGCCGCCUCGCGUUGUUAUUCGCUGUAUGUAAAUGCUCCGAUGCCCUCACGCUGUCGAGGCGACCACUUCGCCAAACACGACGGACGCAACUGAGGAUGAUGGACGAGGUCGAGUGCGACGUGGCUAUUGUCGGCGGCGGCCCCGCGGGCUGCUGCUGCGCGCUGUAUACAGCUAGAGCGGACCACCGGACGGUGAUUCUGGACAAGAACCCGAGCGUGGGUGCCCUGGCCAUCACGUCGCACAUCGCGAAUUACCCCGGCGUCGACAAGACGAUGGGUGGGGAUGAACUGUUAGACAAGAUGCGCGAGCAGGCCGUGAGCUAUGGUACGGACUACCGGAGGGCUCAAGUGUUUAUGGUCGACGUCGAAGGGGAACAAAAAGUGGUAUACACGCCUGAUGUGACCGUGAAAGCCAAAACGUUGGUUCUGGCGACCGGGGCUCUGGGCCACGAGCCGUCCUUCGCCGGCGAGGCGGAAUUUCUGGGGCGGGGCGUCAGCUACUGCGCGACCUGCGACGCCGCCUUCUACAGAGAUGCCGAAGUGUGUGUGGUCGGUUCAGGAAAUGAGGCGAUCGAGGAGGCCGAGUACUUGACAAAAUUCGCGUCGACGGUGCACUGGGUGACGCAGUUCGACCCGCGCUGGGACGAGGUGCCGCAUGCUGUCGAGUUAAGAGAUCAUCCGAACGUCAAGCACUGGUCCGCGACUAGAUUAAUGGAGGUCGUGGGAGAUGAUGCGGGCGUCAACGGUGUCGUGCUCAAGCGGAAAGGUGGCGAAGAGCAAGAAUCAUUAGCUGUGGAGGGCUGCUUCAUCUACGUCGCCGGCUCGAAACCGAUCACGGACUUUUUGUCGGAGAACGCGGUGGAGCUGCAGGACGACGGCGGCGUGGCCGUGAACGACGAGAUGGAAACCAGUGUUCCUGGCGUGUUCGCCAUCGGCGACAUUAGAAAUACGCCCUUUAAACAAGUGGUGGUCGCGGCGGCGGACGGGUGCAUCGCCGCGAUGAGCAUAGACAGGUUCCUCAAGGGGCGAAAGAAGGUCCGCGUGGACUGGGUCCACGAUCUCUAGGUUUAAGAAUUCGCUUCGGUCUUUGCUUUCUUUUGCUUUGCUUAGACCUAGGCCUGCGCAAGUCCUGAGCCAACGCCUCCCCGCAUGACCGCAC